AUGACAGCCUCUCCCACAGCAGACAUGACCGAACUGUUCAUGCACGUGACCGACCACUCGGCCCGGUUGCUGUCGAUCGAUCCAGACGACACAACCAGAUCUCUAGCUGAUAUAAGAGAGCUUAUACGGUUAGCCCAGAAACAUGACGAAGCAGUCAAGGAAAGUCGUCUGGGCGUCCACAGAGAGCCAGAGAAGAAGAAGGCGUUCAGGAAUCUUCUGUCGCUGGCGCAGCUGACGCCUUUACAGAGACCACUCAAGGAGGAAGUGGACGCUGCCAGGUUGUUCAGUCUUUUGCAGCCAUUCUUGGAGAAGUACCUUGGAGAGAAGGGAGGCAAUGGUGGUGGCAGUGGCAUUGGUAACAUUGGGAGUAUUGGCGGACGGUCCAGGCUUGGUUCUAUAGCUGACGAUCCGUUUACGACGCCGAGGAGGUCGGUGGUUGAAUCUGAGCUGGACUCAGAGAACAGCCAUGAUCUUCGUGUGGACGAUACCUUUGACAAGCCGGCGAGGAAGGUUUCGCCUGUUCAUCCGGCGCUGCUGCCGGUGACGACGCCGCCGUUGUCUCGAGAAAAUAAGGAUUUUGGAAGUGAAGAUACCAUAGAUCCAGAGCAUUCGGAUACUGAUGCUGGCGACGAGGUCGAGCCCGACAGCGACGUGUGCAAGUACUUGGGCAACGUUCCACAGGUGGAAUUGGCCGAUUUGACGGCGGACGAGAUCCAGAUGGACGGGGAGAAGAAGCCAGACCAGGCCAAAGAGGUGGCUGAGCUUAAAAUGCAGUUGGAACAGGCCAAGCAGCAGAAUAGGGAAAUGGCCAAUGAAAUCUCCUACUUGCGUGAUAAGCUCGCCAAGGACGUGCGGUUCGAGAAGACCAGUCCUCCACCGUCGGCUGGAUCUAUUCCCAUUAAUGGAGAGAACGUGGAGGCCUGUUUCCGUCCAUACUACCUGAAGCUCCAGCUUGAUAAGGUCGACGGGCUCAGUGACGUGGAGAAGAGCAACAUGAUCAAGAACUUGAUGCUCUCGCUUCUUGUUUCCGACUUUGACCAUAUGCGUACUAUGGCGCCCAGAGUUGGUGAUUAUUUACGGAUCACGUCUCGUUUCUUGGAUAAGCUCCAUGCCCGGUUCUACGAGUGUGAAGGGUACAGUCCCUCGAAGUACUUGCGGGAUUAUUCGGUGGAGCUGAUGGAAGAUUUCCAGGAGUGUCUUGACGGAAUGAUGGAACUUAUACAGCGAGACGUCCCGAGUGAGGAAUAG